UCGGCAGGUGCUACUAGUCUCCCGUCUGACGUGGCUCGCGGCAAAUGUUCGAUACGUGCGAGGGAAAAUCGCGCGGCGCUCGAGUUACGGGAAUACGCGAGGAGAAGUACGCGCGAUCGAGGGGGCCGAUUUUCCGCCAAGGUGGAGAGGCUUCUUCUCGAGCGGUAGCGGAAACGAAACCCCGGGGUACUCUGGCAUCAUCACCAUGAACAUCGAUGAGUUUCGCGUGCGCGGCAAGGAGAUGAUCGAGUACAUAUGCGACUACAUCCGCACGCUGGAGGGCAAGAGGGUGACGGCGAACGUCGAUCCCGGCUACCUGAGACCCCUGCUGCCGAAGGAGGCACCCUUCAAGCCGGAAUCAUGGGACGCCAUCAUGACGGACGUCGAUGGCAAAAUAAUGCCCGGAAUCACUCACUGGCAGCAUCCGCGAUUCCACGCCUACUUCCCGUCCGGCAACUCGUUCCCCUCGAUCCUGGGUGAUCUGCUGUCGGACGCGAUCGGAUGCAUCGGGUUCUCGUGGGCGGCCAGCCCGGCUUGCACCGAGCUCGAGACCAUCGUGCUCGAUUGGUACGCCAAGGCGAUCGGCCUGCCGUCCGAGUUCCUGUCGGAGCACAAGAGCGGCGGCGGCGUGAUCCAGGGCUCAGCCUCCGAAUGUAUUCUCGUGACGAUGCUGGCGGCGCGGACCCAGGCGAUCAAGAUGCUGAAGGAGCACGAACCAAAUAAGGAGGACUCGGCGUUUCUGCCGAGGUUGGUGGCCUACUGCUCCACGGAGUCGCAUUCGUGCGUGGAGAAAGCGGCGAUGAUAAGCCUGGUGAAGCUCCGGGUGCUCGAGCCGGAUGAGAAGGCCGCGUUGCGCGGCAAACGGCUCGAGUGCGCCAUCAAGGAGGACGUGGCGAAUGGCCUGGUGCCAUUCUACGUGUCCGCCACUCUGGGCACCACCGGCUCCUGCGCCUUCGACAAUCUCGUGGAGAUCGGGCCCGUGUGCAAAUCAUAUCCCAAUAUCUGGCUACACGUGGACGGCGCCUACGCCGGUAAUGCCUUCAUCUGCCCGGAGAUGAGGCCAUUCAUGGAGGGCAUCGAGCACGCCGACUCUUUCAAUACGAAUCCCAACAAGUGGCUGCUGGUCAAUUUCGACUGCUCCUGCUUGUGGGUGCGCAAUCGAAUGAAGCUUACGUCAGCAUUGGUCGUCGAUCCGCUUUAUCUUCAACACGCUCGCUCGAGCGAGUCGAUCGACUAUCGUCACUGGGGUAUUCCGCUCAGCAGGCGAUUUCGAGCGUUGAAGCUCUGGUUCGUUAUGAGAUCGUACGGCAUCAGCGGUUUGCAGAAGUAUAUUAGGAAUCACAUAAGGUUGGCGAAGAGAUUCGAGGCGCACAUGAAGAAAGACAGACGCUUUGAGAUCUUGAACGAUGUGCGGGUCGGCCUGGUGUGCUUCCGACUGAAGGAGAGCGAGGAGAUGAAUCAGGAGUUGCUGGCCAACAUUAACGCGUCUGGCCGGCUGCACAUGAUACCGGCCCGGGUGAUGGGCAAGUACAUCUUGCGUUUCUGCGUGACGAAGGAGGACGCGACCGAGGAUGACAUCGAUUACGCUCUCAACGUGAUCGAGGAGCACGCCACGGAGGUGAUGCUGGCACACUACGAGGGCACGGAGGACGAGUACAGGGCAAAGGGCCCGAAGAGCCCGGCUGCUCUCGACAAGAAACUCGUACGGAAGUUCAGCUUCACCAGGAGCGUCACCAGAGACGUUUACAAGAGAUCUAUUUCCAAGUCCAGCCUGCACGACGGUGCGACGCCCAUCAUGGUCGUCGACGACAACUCGCAGAGCGACACCAUCGACGACGACCGUUUCUGCAACAGCAGAUCGUGACGAUGUCGAUGACGGUCCCCGGCGCCGACUCGGGACGACGUAGACGAUAACAAAAAGGGUCCUCGCUACACGGCCGUGUGAUGCGGAACUCUGACGGCCCACCGUCGUCAAUUUACUGACUCCCGAAGUCGCGUUUAUUGUUAGGGACCGACUAUAUCUCUGAUUAUAUCGCCACGUAAGUGUUUAAUCAAAUUAAACAUCUCCGAUCAAGUUUGUUCACCAUCCAUGAUCGCUCGUUUAUGGACGACGAAUCGGUCGUAUAUUAUUUCGGGCACGAGUGAUUUUUCGUGGUGACAAAUUGCAUCAACGGCACCACGAGAUAUUGGGCCAAGUUUUGCGAUAGAGCGUGAGAUUCUUAAGCACAUUUUAGACAGUUCGUAAUUCGAAACAGAAUUCGGCUUAAACAAUUUUAUUACGAACGCACAUGUAUAAUGCAAAAAUAUUCGAUUAGCAUAAGCUUUUUUUAUUACGCUCGAGUUUUUAUAAGGAUCAAGAUUUUCUAUUAAAAUUAUAGAUAGAAUUUUGCCGCACAUAGAAAAUCUGUUCCGAGUUACGGACCGUCUAAAAUAGGUUUUAGAGGCGGCUGCGCGUAGAGUUAACGUAGUCGUUUGAUCUAUUUUGGUAUAUACAUAUAUAUGUCUGUAUAAGUGAUAGAGAGAGAGUGAGAGAGAACGAAAGAGAGAGAGAGAGAGAGGGGGGGGGAGAUGAAUCGAUGUACAUAUGUAAUACGUGAUAAUGACUGCCGAUGUACGCACGGACUCUAAUAGUUUUAUAUAAAACGCUAGUGAUUAAUUAAAGUGUAUCGAUCUCAAUAGAUUUACAAGUGAAUUAAUAGCAAACGAUUAUACUGAUCCCAGUGUACACCGGAUAUAUCGGAAUUCUAUUUCUUUUCAAUAAUAUUAUAAUUCGCUGCUAUUAUAAUCGAACUGUGAAGAGAGAUGUGUCAAUAUUGAUGCAUCAAUUACAUUGCAUUUAGAAGAUACUUAAGUUUAAAUAUAUGAGACAAAUUUCAAUUUUAAUUAGAAAAGAAUGAAUCAAAUGACAAAGACAUACUGUUCCUGUUGAUUAAAAAUGAAUAUUUCAUGUGAUACCCGAUAAUCUAUGAAAAAAACAUCAAAAGCAAUUUAUAAUUGAAAGUCUACAAUAUCUUGGAGACAAUAUAUAGUGAAGUAAAGCUACUAGAAUUUCAGAAAUGGAUAUAGUGGAUGUCAUUACUUUGUAUUAAUUGAUCGGACAAUUGUACGAUUGACCAAUAGCAUCGACAAAUAAAAAUAGAUUUUAAUUUAGUUAUAGAUAAUUCUAACGAUAAGAAAAUUAUGAAAUAAUUAUUGGGAAAACAAAAAUAUUUACAAACUUAAAAAUUUAGAUUUUACGGAUCGAUGCUAACACGAUAUAUCGAUGUGUCUUCGAUGACUUGCUUCGAUUUAUAAAAAUCAAUACGUACAAAGGUAAUACAGGAGAAUUACUCGAUUAUAUUAGAAUGUCACGAACACAAGUAGAAUGAUUAUGAAGUACUUAUAUUUCAUAUGUUCAGAUGUUAUAAUAAAAUUAAAGUUCAUAAGA